UCCCCCAAUGUGUCUUUGCAUGUAUGUUCCAGCUUAACUUCCAAAUGGCUGAAGAUAUUUCAAUGAGAGUUGACCAACAUUUGCUUCCAGCCCCAGCAAACCUCUUUAUGGUCUCUAUCAACCUGAAGCAUUUUCUGUACUGGGAUCCUGUUACGGUGGCUGGAAACAUUACUUAUUCCGUUCAAUCACAAGGGGAAUUCGAAACUAUAUAUUUGAAAGACACUUGGCAUGAAGCGGAGAACUGCCAGGAAAUAUCUACAAAACAGUGCAAUGUGACUGAUGAAGUGUCAGCUGGCGUCUUGUAUAGAUUUAAGGUUCGGGCAAUUCUAGGAGACCAGCGAUCUGAUUGGGCAGAACUUGAGCCACCAUUCGACAGAAAGACAACAAUCCUGACUCCUCCAAAGGUAGACCUCCAAGUCAGUGGACUCAACCUGGUAGUCCACACUGAAGACUAUGGACCAUCUUUUCAGUUUUUUGUCUUUUAUUGGCAAAAAGGGAAAAAGGAAGAUAAGAAAGCAAUAAAACCAAGUAGUUUUAGUACAUCCACUUUUCUGGAGGAAGCAGAGCAAGGGAAAGAAUACUGUGCUGAGGUCAUCGCCUAUGCAAGUACCAUCUUUAGGAAUAGCAGCAGCAGCGAACCAGUCUGUGUCCAGGUUAAACAACUACAACCAUCUGGCCUAUUCACUGGACUCCUUUGCGUAUUUGGCAUAGUUCUGGCAUUUUUGCCGAUGGUUUUAGUAGGCCGGAAAGUUAAGAAUGUGAUGCUAUAUGUCUGCUGUCCGGAUGAGGAAAUUCCAGCUGUAUUGACAGAGCCCUGUAUUAAUGUAAGAAUGCGUAAAAGCCAUGACACAAACAAGGAAAGUACUGAAGAACUCUACAGUGUUGACCCUGAUGAACAUUUGUUCUCCUGAGAAAAUAGUUCUCAUCCUGCCAAAUCACAAAGGCCUUGACAUACUGUGAAAUACAAACUGUCUUAUAUGUACAUUAUUCACAUCAUGGUGUUCAGAACUUCAGAUACUAAGUGGAGGGAAGUCUCCCACAACUUUGGUGCUUAUGUUUUUAUACUUUCUAUACCAUUCAUCCAUAAUGCAAAAAGAAGCAACUCAACAGAGAAGGCUCCACAUAAGAAGAACAUGUUGAGAGCAAAUGUGGAGAAAACUAUUGGUAUAAUGUAUAAAAUAAUGUCACAAGGUUAUUCUAAAUAAUUAAAUACAAUGACAUUGAUCUAUGUAGCGGUUUGCUGAUGUUGGUAACCUUAAUUCACCUUGGAGGAGAUUUAUCAAAACCUGUGCAGAGGAAAACUUGCCCAGUUGUCAUUUUGCAGAGGUCUUUUUAAAAGUGAAAGAACUGAUCUGAUUGGUUGCUAUGGGUAACUGGGCAUCUUUUCCUCUGCACAGGUUUUGAUAAAUCUCCCCCCUAACCAUUUUGCAGUGGCAUCACUAUGGGGGUGCAAAAAUGCCACAAAAAAAGAGCCUACCAGACCCAUUACAGGUGGGUCACAACGUCAGUGUGAAAGUAGAAUAAGAAAUAUAUUGAAUGCGAAAAAAAACUCAUACUCAACAACAUACUUCUUUUUAAUCCAUAUUUCCUGUUAUAACUACCUGAUAUUUAUCAUAAAGAUAAUCAUAAUAAUAAGGGGGAUUGUAUACAAGGAUAUAAGUGACACUGUAGCUAGCUCCGUCAUGUCACAUGAUGUCUUGGGCACAGGCCUGUCGGAAGAGGACAGGCAAACCAAGCAAUUGCUUGGGGCCCCGAGCUGGCCCGGGGCCCCGUUGCAGAGCCUGUGUUUGCCUGUCCUCCUUCCCUAUGCCAUUCAGCAGGCAGCUCACCCUGUCGGCCUGCCGGGCCAGCAGUGCUAGAGCUUGUCUGGAGCGGGAGGCAGAGACUGAAGUCACUGCCUCCGGCUCCUUUUUGUGCCCCGCCCUGGUUCACCUCCGGUCCGGACUUCGUACGUUCGUGCGUCACCUGACGUCACGCUGAGUCCCAGGGCGUCCUAAAGCUGGCCCUAGAGCGUGACGUGACGUGUCACGUGACUGUGCGCAUCGUGUGGCGUUAGUUACAUUUCAGUGACUCUGACUGGCGUGAGUACCCCUAACU